AUCAUAUGGAACCAGGGGACUUCUUACCGUUCUGUCAGAAAACUGUACAAUGAAGCAUUCACCCUAAAAAGGAGUCCAGCUUCACUUUCCUGAGAAGGAAGAAACAAAGAGCACUAGUACCACUCCCUGGAGCAGCAUUUUAAGGUCCUCCCGGUUUCUUCAAGCUUGCAAAAUACAAUUCAUCCAUGUCUCCUCCAGUUAACACAGACUUGGUGGGCUAUAUCCCUCCUGAUGGAGGAUGGGGAUGGGCAGUAGUCUUUGGAGCAUCGAUAUCCGUUGGAUUUGCUUAUGCCUUCCCUAAAGCUUUCACAAUCUACUACAAAGAACUCCAGGCUGUUUAUAACAUCUCCUAUAGCCAAAUGGCAUGGGUCUCUUCUAUUAUGUGUGCCACAACAUAUGGAGGAGGUCCCAUAAGCAGUAUUUUAGUGAGCCGUUAUGGUAGCCGACCGGUGGUCAUAUUUGGAGGCCUGUUGUGUGGCAUAGGGAUGAUUUCUGCAGCAUUCUGCACAAGCAUUUUUCAGCUGUACAUUUGCGCUGGACUCAUCACAGGACUCGGCCUUGCUCUCAAUCUCCAGCCUUCAGUGAUCAUCAUUGGAAAGUACUUUCUGAAAAGGCGUCCAAUAGCCAAUGGCCUUGCCAUGGCGGGAAGCCCUGUCAUGCUUUGUACACUUGCCCCCCUGAAUCAGCUCCUUUUUGACAACUUUGGAUGGAGGGGGAGCUUUUUUAUUCUUGGGGCAAUUCUGCUGAACUGCUGUGUGGCUGGAGCACUUUUCAGGCCCAUUGGCCCAACAGCUGGCCCUUCUGAGAAGCAAAAGGUUAAGCAAGCUAAAGAGACGCUUUCAGAAAAUCCUGAUAUUGGCACAGUUGAAAAGGCUGACCCUGGAGAUGAAGAGGAAGAGGAUGACAAAGACUGUUGUGAAAACUUUAACAAGUUCCUUGAUUUAUCUCUUUUCAAGCACAGGGGCUUCCUGAUCUACUUGAUAGGGAAUGUACUCAUGUUUCUAGGAUUUUUUGCUCCUAUUGUCUUUUUGGCUCCUUAUGCGAAGCACCUUGGGAUUGAUGAAUAUUCAGCAGCAUUUCUCCUUUCUAUCCUUGCCAUAGUUGAUAUGAUAGCCAGACCAGCUACUGGCAUCAUUGCAAACAGCAAAUGGGUCAGGCCAAAGAUCCAGUAUUUUUUCAGCUUCUCCAUUGCUUUCAACGGUGUCUGCCAUCUCCUGUGUCCUUUAGCAACAAGCUACACAGGCCUAGUAGUCUAUUCUGUCUUUUUUGGAUUGGCCUUUGGUAUGGUUUGUGCAAUGCUGUUUGAAACUCUCAUGGACCUUGUUGGUGCCACCCGAUUCACAAGUGCUGUAGGACUGGUCACCAUCAUGGAAUGCUGUACCAUAUUACUGGGGCCACCUAUUGGGGGAACUCUUAUUGACAAGUUUGGGGACUAUAAAUAUAUGUUCAUUAAAUGUGGUGGAGUGAUGGUCUUGGCUGGAACGUUCUUGUUUAUCAUGAAUUACUACAAUUACCGAAUGAUCUCAAAAAAGGAAAAGGCAAGGAAAAAACAUGAAGUGGGAAAUAAGGAUGCUGGACAUAUUAGGACAGAAACUGAGAAAGGAAAUAUCACUAAUAUGGAAAACAUGCAGGAUGGCCAUGAAGCAGCCCCUCUUCGAAGUGAAGAGGGAGAACUAAAGAAUGAGGCAAACAGCACAGCUGAAGCCUAAAUUUAUAUUACAGACCUCUGAAUGGGAAAUUACUGUCAUGUUUCUUUGACUAAAAUAUAUAUAUAGUAUGACA